AACCAGUUCAAACAUUGAGUCUGUCAGAGACAUACUGAACGGCACAUCACAACAGGUAUCUAGAUCAAGAGAAUUGCACAUUCAAAGGAUUUAUAACACAUCAACCUGCUGUAAAACUGCCACCAUGGUCCUGGAGGAGAACGAAGACUCCGUCUUUGAGCCCCAAAUCACAGAGGAGUAUGUGGAGACUCAGUAUGGGGACAUCCACUGCAUCAUGACAGGAACUCGAAAAGCAAACCGGCCUGUCAUCCUGACCUUUCAUGAUGUUGGACUCAACCACAAAUCCUGUUUCGAAACUCUGUUCAGCCAUGAAGACAUGCAGGAAAUUGUUCGCCAUUUACCUGUUUGUCAUGUUGAAGCUCCUGGACAACAGGAAGAAGCCAAAACGCUGCCCGCCGUGUACACCUUCCCUACCAUGGACCAGCUCUCAGAGGUCAUUCCUGCUGUCCUCAAUCACUUUGAUCUAAACAGUGUCAUUGGUGUGGGAGUUGGAGCAGGAGCUUACAUUUUGGCCAGAUUUGCACUGAAUUACCCCGACUUGGUGGAUGGAUUGGUUCUGAUCAACAUCAACCCCAAUGCUGAGAGCCUAAUGGAUACUGUUGCAAACAAGAUUACCGACUGGACCCUCACUCUCCCAGACAAAGUUAUCACACACCUUUUUGGAACGGAUGAGAUCCAGGCCAAUCAAGACCAUUUGACUACAUAUCGUCACUAUAUCACAACAACGAUGAAUCAGUCCAACGUGAGUCAGUUCCUACGUUCCUACAACAACCGCAAUACCCUGGAGGUAGAAAGGCCUGUUGCUGGAGGGAAUGUUAAUGUCAGGACCCUCAUGUGCUCCUCCCUGUUGGUUGUUGGGGAUAAUUCUCCAGCCGUGGAAGCUGUGGUCGACUGCAACUCUAAACUGAACCCUACGAAAACCACACUACUUAAGAUGGCAGAUUGUGGAGGACUUCCUCAAGUCGACCAGCCCGCCAAAGUGAUUGAAGCUUUGAAAUAUUUUAUCCAAGGAAUGGGAUACUUGUCCAGCGCCAGCAUGACCAGACUUCGCUCACGGACAACCUCCAGUUGCAGCAGCAUCUCGCUUGAUGGCUCACGAGGCCGUGCACAGACCAAUGAGCGUGGACGAACACAAUCAGAAGGCAUUGAGGAGAAGCGUGGGCGUGCGCACACUGAUGUCUCCAUGGAGAGUAUUCCUACUAUAAGCCAUAACAUCUCAAACACCACUGAAGUGGCAUGCUAGAAUAACAAUGCUACUUAGACAAAACUCUUUAUACCUGCACUUAUACCUUUAUUAUUUCCUUUGCUUUCAGAAAUUAUGUUAUUAUAUUUAAUUUAAAUUGAAGAUCACAUAUCAUAUUUUAAGUUAUUUCAUUCUUUUAUGUUACCCGUCUAAUGUUGUCCUCUAUUAUCUGAACCAGUGGCUUGUAUCAGCUGUAGACUUCAUUGUUUUUUUUAUUUUGUCAAUAAAUAAAGUAGAGGAGUAAAAAAAGGUUGCCAU